AAUAGAUAAAUAUUCUAUUCAGGGAAGACGACAGUAAGUUCUCGUCUAAGAAGGAAGCAUACUUCAAGCUUAAACCAAACCCCGAAUAUUCAACCUAUCAGGACUACAACACGAAAAUUAUCUCCAGCAUGAAUUUUAUACCCAAGGUGUUUGGACAAGAUUUUAACGAUUUUACGAGAUCCUUGGCUACAUUUUCACUCGGCAAGAGAACAUUGAGAAAAAUUCAGGGAAAAUUCGGCAUGGCAGUGUACAACUAUUUUAAGUUCCUGAAGUGGGCCUGUACCCUCAACCUUGUCAUGGCAGUUUUUAUAUUCGGAGUUUUAACCGUUUCAAGCUACAUAGUAGAGGAGGUUCCCCUUCUUAAAAAUUGUAAUGAAUCCACAUACAUCGACGUUAAUGAUACCAGUUUCUAUUAUCCUGAGUACUCGGAUCAAUGCUGUUCUUCUAACUACCUAAACCAGACUAAACAAGGACAAUUAUUCAACACAACAAGUGCCUCAGCUUUCUUCUCCAGUUUGCAAAUAUUUCUCCAGGAUCUUUUUCAAGGUUCAGGGUGGAUGGUAGACUCCUACUUCUACUAUGGAAAAUAUGCUCCGGACAACAAGUCAGAAAGAUUCCAGAUGGAUCUUGCUUACUGGUUCAUCAUUCUUUCAUGCUUUCUACUUUCUCUAAUUUCUACAGUUUGGUCGUCAGCCAACUCCUUCGAGCAGAGUUUCAAGUGGAAUAAAUUCAACAAGGUUCAAUACUUUGAUCUGAGUUUCUGUAACUGGGACUUCUGCUUGGAUACAAUCCAGGCAGUCCAUGUCAAGCAGGAUGUUCUGAAGAACGAAGCAAGGACAGCUUUAGAAACUGACAGGAUGCAGGCUCUUCAAGAUGACAGAACUAGAGGUAUAGCAUGA